UACUAACCAAGCCUCGUUCAGUCAUGUCCUCCGAUGCCCGUUAGCGCUUGUUGCGAACUUCUACAUGUUCGCGGUAUAUAUGCGUCCCCGCCGCGAUUCAAAAUCAGCGCUCAUUGCCGCGCAGUUCCCCAUGUCUGCUAAGUUUAGAGAUAAAGCAGGCGACUGUUACGGGUGUUCAGAUAAUAUCUCUAUAACAAUACUCUCCCCAGUCAGCCACUACUAUGCUGAUAGAUGAAGAUGCGAUGUUGGUUGCUUUGCUGUACCCUACAAAGUACCUCUGUACUCGUGUCGAGGACAUUAGCGACUGACCUUAUUUCUCUUGCCUACCGACCUCUUUCUUCGGCUUCUUUCUCCAACGUUCUUUUGUCGCCUCGCCAUCCUUUCAUACAUCGCUCUUUGUGACCGACCAUCUAGAUGUCUUGGUUAUUUAUAUUCAUGACACUUUUCGAGCUUUUCUGUCUAUCUAAAGCCCUCCACAUUAGUGUUCAAAACGGGACGCUCGCUGGAGCGACCACCCCAAUCUAUCUCGUGCAUUUUGAUGAUGAUCCGUCAAGUUUCUCUCUACGCAGCUUUCUGAAUCAUGAGGGUCGGUUAGAUGCGUCGAAUUUCUCUACCAGCAUCAUCCUUUUUACGAAGGGCCUCGUGUUCUAUACAUCAUUUGCUUAUACUGGCAAUUACUCUAUCAUGGCUUUCCUAGACCCAGAACCGCCGUUAGAUGCCGAGUCGUCUUUCUCUCGAAGUGACAUCUUCAAUGUCAGGGAGCCCCUCAAUUCGGAAGUCGAAAAGCGAGAUCUAGUAUCCUCUCCGACUGGCAGCUCACGACACAGCAUUUUCGGAAGCGCCUAUAUAACGGACCUUGUUUUGAUUAUUUCCACGGCUCUUGCGGCACCCUCGUUUGUCUCUGUCGUGAUGAUAUCCAUAUAUCUCUGCUUCAACAAGCGAAGGAGACGGGUAUCUGUGAAGGAUCUGUCUUCCAGAGACAGUCGAAGCUCCCUUUGGGGGACAUCAGAAUCUUAUGUUCAUCCUGAAUUUCACUCUAAACUGUCGGCAAACCCGACCUCGCCAUAUCCUGGCAGUGACUCUCUGCCUUACGUCCACACACCUGGUCCUCAAACCAACGAACUUUCCCAUCCCCCUCGGAACUCCGAAGAAAAAUCACACUCCCAGCGUAACCAAGAAAAUGGCGCCAUUCCAUACCCACCAUCCGGAAGCAGGUCCAUGGAGGUGUAUGAGUUUCCGGUGAAUAUGAGGUAUCCCCGAGAUGCUUUACCAUCCUCCGCGACAGACUCUCAGUCUUACACGCGCUCAUUCAGUCCCGAAGCCACAGAACACUCAAUCUCCGCUCCUUACAUCUCGGAGGAUAUGCCGCCGUCUCGUCGCAUACCCCGAAAUCGCACUGUUGCAUACCCGUUAUCUAGAAACAGCCCGAUGGGAUUACGUGAGUUCGUAACGAACUUAAGGAAUUCUUCACAGGGAGAGGGAUUAGUGAUGUUUCCUGAACAUGAUCUACCUGAGCACGGUGACGUUGCAAAGCUGUGGAAUUAUAUCGGGUACUUAAAGGGUCAGCUGGAAUUAGCACGGGCGCUUGGCUACUUGUCCCCGCUUCCUUCUCCUGGGAGCGGAGGUGAGAAUGGGUUCCCCGAUAUUAGUCCCUCAGUCGCAGAAAGGGUGCUUGCACCCUCUAGGAGGUCAUCAAUUUUUUAUUAAUCUUAUAUAAUAUGAUACCACAAUUCGCGUAUUGCUAUCACCCUCAAUUCUCUG